UUUCCUUCCAUUCUUCCUAGUAUGGAAGAAGUAAAGAAAAAGUACUGCGUCUCGAUCUAUACGAAAGGGCACUGGUUUUUUCUUUCGGUUUCAUUGAUAGCAGAAGAGUACGCUAGCUAGCGGAGCCUGAAAACGCUUGCUUGCGCCCCACCCCUACGGAAACUAUUGCCUAUGCUUGCUGCUCGCUCAGUUUCAGUAGAAGGGAAGAAAAGAUGGUCACUCCUUUUAGGAACAUGGCGAGCCUUACUUACGACUGUUGCACUUCACUCGCUGCUCGUUCAUUCACUUGCUCAUGAACUCGCUGCUUCGCCAGAAGCGACUAGUCGCCUCCUUUCCUCCGCCGAAAGAUGCUUAGCCAGAAGCGACGAAGGAGGGGAGCUGGGGAAGGCCGACGAUGGCAAUGAGGGGGAAGCUGUCGUAGAAGCUUUGCCCCUUGCUUUACAUAAAUUGUUAUGAACUUACUAAAUGACCUUAUUUAUUCUCCCGGAACGCUAGCAAAUCUAAUAGUUCCAUCUGCUCUUCUUAACUUAAGAACGAAGGCCGCCAUCCUUCUUAUUCAGGAACCCUUUGUUUGAGGAGGGCGUAUCCCCGGGAAGGGGAGAGUGGCCGAGCGGUCAAAAGCGACAGACUGUAAAUCUGUUGAAGGUUUUCUACGUAGGUUCGAAUCCACAUCUGAGCGUCUUUUUUUCGGUAUGCCGCUCCGCGAGCAAGGAGCGCCGCGAGGAGAGCGAGAGAACGAAGUGGGCUUUGGUGAUGUCGGAAUUUGCACCUAUUUGUAUCUAUUUAGUGAUCAGUCCGCUAGUUUCUUUGAUUCCACUCGGUGUUCCUUUUCCAUUUGCUUCCAAUAGUUCGACCUAUCCAGAAAAAUUGUCGGCCUACGAAUGUGGUUCCGAUCCCUCCGGUGAUGCCAGAAGUCGUUUCGAUAUACGAUUUUAUCCGGUUCCUAUUUUAUUUAUUAUCCCUGAUCCGGAAGUCACCUUUUCUUUUCCUUGGGCAGUACCUCCUAACAAGAUUGAUCUGUUUGGAUCUUGGUCCAUGAUGGCCUUUUUAUUGAUUUUGACGAUUGGAUCUCUCUAUGAAUGGAAAAGGGGUGCUUCGGAUCGGGAGUAACCACUUUUGAAAGGGCAAAGGGGGGAAAAAGUAAAGUAUAAGCGACAUAUGGCACGAAAAGGAAAUCCUAUUUCGGUAAGACUUGAUCUAUCAUCUGAUUCUUGUUUUUUUCAAUGGGGGGGACUUUUCAUAGUUAUCAUUGUGAUAGCUGCUUUAGUAGUGGAUCCCUCCUUGAUCGUGACAGAUCAGGUUAGGCAAGCACUACUGGAAGUGAUUCUGUCACUUUUACAAUAUGUUUUGCUAUAUGGUGCCACGCUGAUUGAAGAAAUGGUACCGGCCCUCUGGGGGCAGGAGCGAUGUGGGACCGUGGGCACAGGGGGGCUUGAAAGUCCUUCCCGUUCGGGGCAGGAAACGUACAAAGCCCCACACGUUCAUCUAAUGCUAUCAUCUGAUAGUGAUAGUGAGAGCGUUAACCAAAGGGGUGGGAGCGAUGUGCCUCCUUUAACUAUUGACUUGAACCGACCGGCUCAGGAUCAGGAAGAUAUUAGGCAAUAUGCCGAAUCCAUAAAGGAUUUUAGAAUUGACGAGCAAUUCGAGAAUUUCAAAAGGAAUGAUUCCACUUCCCCGCUCUAUGAUCAA